UGUGUAUAAAAGCGCUCGUCCGCGCAGUCAAGGCAGCCAGUGUGAGCUCCGGCUAGACCUGUCUCAAGGCAGCGUGAGUCGGCAAGAUGCGCUCAGCCGUUUUCUUCAUCCUCGCCUUAGCGGGGACUUCCUUGGGAGUACCUGCAAGUCAGAGAAACACGUGCGCAGAUCACUGUGAUGCAAGCAACAUCUUUGCAUAUGAAUCUGGCAAGAGCUAUGUUUACGAAUACUCUGUGACGACUUCUACCGCCCUCCUCGAGACCUUUGACGAUGACGCCCACAUGCAUAUCACCGCCCACGCCCACAUUGAUGUCUCUGCUCCGUGCGAGUACAUCCUAAGGCUGACGGACGUCAACCUUGAUGGCUCGUCUCAUGGACCAGAGUUCGCUGCGGCUGUUAGCAAGUCCCCCUUGCGCUUCUCUUUCCAAGAUGGCCGUGUAGAUGAUGUCUGCAGCGAAGUGUCUGAGCCCGUCUGGGUCCUGAACUUCAAGCGAGGUCUUCUUUCUACCUUCCAGAACUCCAUGACUCAUUAUGGAAGACAGGACAUCAAAGAGACGGACAUCUCUGGUGUUUGCUCGACUCACUUCAACUCCACAGUAGAGGGCAACACUGUCAUCAUAGAUAAGAUCACAGACUUGGCUUCUUGUACUCAGCGACCUGACCAAACUGCCUUCAUCCCUUCUACCGGAUACAUCACCGACUCUCCAGUCCAGAGCCUCCCGAUCUUUAGUAGCACAAGCGAGUGUCACCAAAGGGUUGAGGAGGGCAUCUUAAAGAUGGUAGAAUGUGAGGAAAUCCAUAUGUUCCGUCCCUUCUCCAGUGAAAAGGGCGGAGCUGUCACAACUGGCAAGACCAGCAUGAUUCUUAUGUCUCAAGAACAGUCAUCGCCUGUUGCAAACUUUGAAUUCAACCGCAAUACUCUGGUAUUUGAGCAAACGCACACAACAGAAGCUCAGCUUGAAGCAGUCGAGGAGAUUUUGAACACCUUGAAGGUUGCCUCUGAAAAUGAUAUCCAGCCUGAGGUUCCUGCACUAUUUGCCAAGCUUGUUACAUCACUUAAGGAACUGAAUUAUCCUCAGCUGAACACAGUUUUUAAUAAUGCCAAAGAAACUCAUACACGCAAGUUCCUUGCUGAUGCGGUGCCGCUGGUGGGAACAGCUGCCUCAUUUGGUGUGGUUAGAGACAUGUUCAUCAACGGCGCCAUGACAGAAUUCGAGGCUGACACGUUCUUUACUUCCCUGGCUUUCUUCAAGAACCCAACAUCAGAAAUGUUUGCUGCCCUUGCUCCUAUGCUUGAGAACAACCCAAGCCAAAAAGCACUGUUGGGGACCUCUGCUCUCAUCAACACUUUCUGCAAAUACCAUGAAGAUUGUGCUGCAGAUUCCAGUGUACAGCAAAUCCUUCGUCUAAUCGAGACACAACUUGGAUCAGGCUGUCGCACAGUAAAUGAAGAAGAAAAAUUCAAAGUACUUGUAGCUCUCAAAGCACUUGGAAAUGCUGGUCGAUGGGUUAAUGCCAACUCAAUUCUAAGACGAUGCUAUACUGAAGAUAAUGACAUGGAAGUGCGAGUAGCUGCCAUUGAGGCAUGGAGACACGCUCCAUGUGAUUAUGACCACUCUCAUCUUUUGGCUGCGUUCCAAGAUGAGGCUCAAGACACAGAAGUUCGCAUUGCUGCUUAUCUUGCUCUCAUGACCUGUCCUAAUCUAGACCUUAUCAACACCAUUAAGGACCGUCUCGUCUCAGAAGGUGUCAACCAGGUGGGAUCCUUCAUCUGGACUCACAUGACCAACAUGCAGGAAUCAGCAGCUCCAGAAAAACAGUGGAUACGCCAACUGAUUGGUGAGGAACUUCUUGUGAAGAAGUUUAGUACAGAAGCCCUCAAGUUUUCUCGCAAUUAUGAAUCCUCUUUCUUCAUGAACGAAAUUAACACUGGUGCAACUGUUGAGAGCAAUGUCAUUUUCUCCAGCAAGUCUUAUCUGCCACGAUCUGCAAUGUUUAAUCUCACCCUCGACCUCUUUGGACAGUCUAUCAAUUUCUUUGAAGUUGGUGGAAGAAUUGAAGGUUUUGAAGCUUACAUUGAACGCUUCUUUGGUCCUAGUGGAUAUUAUCCAGAAGAAACUCUUGAAAACAUCUUGAGGAACAUGAGACAAAACAGUGAUGCUGAUGCCACAACCUUAGAAGGCUUUCUUGACAAAGUAACUGAUGUACCAGAGGGAUCCUACUACCUCCGUGUAUUUGGCAAUGAGCUUCAUUACCAUCACUUCCAUGGACUUGAAAAUCUCAUCCAUACAUCCGGUUCUUCCAACAUACUAGAAUUCCUAAUGGAUAUGGCCCGCAAAGGAGAUGUUGAUUACACAAAAUCUUACCAGCUGAUGGACAUUCAUCAUACUGUACCUACCAUAACUGGCUUACCUGUGCAUCUCAAUGCAAAGGGUACAGCUACACUUGGUCUGAAGAUGAAUGGUAAAUUCAAGGCUAAUAGUCUGAAGAAUGUAAACAUUGAGGGACAUUUCCAUCCUUCUGCUGCAGUGCAUAUUGAUGGUCUCAUUCUUGUCGAUGCACAUGUGACUCACACUGGAUUGAAGAUGUCUUCCAACCUUCACACCUCUACAUUCAUUGAUGGCAAACUCCAAAUUGUUGGUGGUAAAGUUGUAGAUGUAGCCAUUAACACUCCGAAGGACAAGAUGGAGGUUAUCAGUGUCAAGACUGAGUUCUUCUAUUUGGAAGAUGAUCAAGAGAUCCGAAAGGAAGUUGAGAACCCAUUUGAGGCAAAAGGCUGUAGCAGCGGUAUCAUUGGUGUAGCUGUUUGUGGUGAGCUCGGCUUUGCUCAACGAUCACCUUAUGGCCCAGCUUUUCCUUUCUCAGGACCAUUUGCAACCAGCAUUUACCUUGAGAAGACUGAUACACAAACUGGAUAUGUUUUCCAUUUUUCAAAUGUGCAGAACCGCAUCACUUUCGAAUUUGACACACCACAGUCUCAGUCAGACCAUAAGAUAGGUCUUGACAUUACAAAAUCUGGAAGUAAAGCCACUUUCAAUAUUCACACACCUUUCAAAUCAGCUCAAGGUGAAGGCGAAUUCAUUUGGCAAAGAAACAACAAGAACAUAAAAGCUUCUCUCAAUAUUGAUGGGAGUGGGGAGUACUCUUUAGAUGCUGGGUUUAAUGCAGCCAGGAAUGGAGUGAUGAAGUUUGAGCCUCAUGUAAUUCUGGCUUCUCCUGGUGGUGAGCUCCUAAACUUACAGAGUAGCUUUGAGGGUAAGUCCGACUACAGUGAAAGCUUUAUAUCAUCAAAGAUCGACGUCGAAUACAAUCUCUGGCAAGGCAGCAAGGAAACCAUCCAUCAUGCAGGACUGUUAAAGAGAGAAGGAGAUGUAUAUGAAGAUCAAGAUAUUGCAUACACACUUCAAUUUAAAUUGGAUUCUUCAGAAUUUCCAAUUGUAUCUGUAGAUAUUGAUGCAGUGUUGAAUAGUGCCUCUAAGACCGUCCAGACGACAGCAAAGUUAGUUUAUCCAUAUUACGAAAUUGACUCCGAGGUGACUCAGGCGCUUGAGUUUGAUAAUAAUCACUUGAAAACUAGACAUGCAUUACGCACUCAGCCUGAUAAAGAAUACUCGAUUAUCUUCCAACUUGAGAAACUGGGCCGCAUGGAUGGGAAAGGCACUAUUAAAGCUGACCUGAACGGCUUCAUCUCAUCUCUUGACGUUACAUUCCAUGGAAAUGAUGAUGCUCAUUAUGAAUUUCAGGUGAAUGGUGCAAUCAAUGGAAAAAAUUAUGGCCUUGAAGCAACUUUGGAAAACAACUCCAUUCCUGGGAAGAUAAACGGACUGUUAGAUGGCAAAGUGACGACUCCACAGCAUAAUGCUGUCGUACAUCUAGGUGUUUAUGCAGACAAGGACAAAGCCCAUGGAGAUUUCAAAAGUACGGUCGAUGGAAGAGAAUAUUCGGUUAUGGUCGAAACCACCCGCACAUCCGUCGUUGUUGAUGCCAACAUCAUAAGGCACAUUUUCAUCAACGCCCAAGUUGCUUCAACCGAUGAUAUGCAGAAACUCCUUGUUAGUGCUGAGUGGGACAAAGACGUCGAUCCCACAAAGUCCUUCAUAAUCGAUGGACUAUUUUCGACCGAAGAAGUCCAUGGCAUUAUUAGAUAUGGAGAAAAAGAAGUAUCUACCAUCGCUAAACUGAUUAACAAUGGUGUGGAGUUGGAAACAAAAUGGGCUGCUGACAAGAGAAUCUUUGUUAAUGUCCAUUACACACUUGGCAACACAAAGUCACUAGCAGCUACAUUGCAGACACCAUUUGAAGGUUGGAAAAAACAGGAUGUCUCUUUUACUUUUUCCCUCAAAGACUAUGAAAUUGAGAGCCACUUUGCUGCUACAUGGAAGAACACCGAGCAACUGGCAUUUUCUGCCACUGGUAAGGUAGAACCUGGACUCUUUACCAAUGCCUUUACAACCAAGAUUGCAUUCACAAGUGCCUUUGAUAACUUUGAACGUCUCACAUUCUCGCUAGACCAUAAAAUGGUUGAUUCUGCCAUCACCACUCACGUAGAGGGAGCCUGGAACCAAAAGAAAAUGGAAGGCAACUUCCACCUUACUCCUAAUGCUAAUGGUGUGGAAUCUCAAGCGACUUUCACUUCUCCUAUCACGGAAAAUAUCCUUGUAACGUUACAUUAUGAGUUGAUCAACAAGCAGUUGUCUACCACACUGGAGAUGAAAUAUGGACAAGAGAUCUCUACUGCCACUGUCACAGGUCAUGUGGAUCUUGGUGAAGUCCAUGACAUUGCUCUCGUUUUUAAGGCCAUCCCUGUUGCUACUAUCCCUGAGAUCAAUGCUAGUCUUAAAUACUCUUUGAGUGGAGAAAGUCUCAAUUUCAUCACUGAAGGAAAAUUAGGGGAAAAGAAAAUUAUGCUAAAUGUAAAUGGUCAGGUGACUGUUAGCGGUGAUAAUACGGAUAUUUCUGGUGACCUGCGCUUCAUCACUCCCUUCAUGUACCCUUUGACAGCAACUCUCAAGCACACCCAUGACAUGCAGCAUUUUACAUCACAGUUUGAGAUGACGAGGUUCUGGUCUACAUAUGGUGAUGUCAAGAUACAUUCUCAAGGUAACAUAAUCUCUAAGAACGACAUAGAGCUCAAAUUUGGCCUUCAAAGCCCAGUCAUUCAGGCCUCUGCUUCGUUGAAUCACAAGAUAAGUCAAGAUAAUAUACUCACUUCGACUGCCACUGUGACUGUAAAUGGAGAAAAGAUCUCUGUUUCUGCCAAGGGUCACCUAGAUGUGGCACAACAAGUUGCUGAUCUCCAGGCUGAAGUCACAUCUACAGUGAGUGGAAUAGAUGAUGUAAAGGUGAACCUGGAAACUCUGCGAAAUGCAAAUACUCAGAUAACGAAGGUUGGCAUCGUCAAGGACACAAGAGCACUUACCAUCAAUCACCAAAUAACAUUUAAGGACUGGUUCAACUGGGAGAACUCAUUUACUGUGAACGAAAUAUACAAACUGAUUAACAAGCAGACACACACUGGCUCUGUAUUCACCCAUGACUUGGAAUAUGUUUGGGAUAACCAGUCUGUUCAUUUCUCUGGAAGUUUUGAUAAGAAAAUUUCUGGAAAUUCACGCCAGAUUGUUGCUCAUGCCACUCUCUCUACUCCAUGGACCGAAGACAUGAAACUGGAUAUCAAUCACCAAGAUGAUGGUGCUGAAUACAAGCCAACUUUGAUCUUCGAGUACAGACCUGGUAUGAAAAUUGAACUUGCUAAUGUUUUGAAAUCUGAGCCUUCACUCUUCUUCCUAGAAUCAUCACUUUUAACACCAUUCUGGCAGCCCCUUGGUCUUAAGCUCAAGCUCAACUUCCAGACAAACUCAUCCGCUAAUCUCGUCCUGACUAGGGGUUCCAACAGGACAAGCAUUGAUGUUACUGGAAUCUGGAAUCCAGGAAUGUUGCAGAGCUCUAUACUUGUUGAGUCCACUUAUCUUCCAAACCCGCUUUCCGUAAAACUGUCAUACCAGUUGGAAGAACCAGCAUUUGAACUUGUCAUCAAUUAUAUAAAGACGUUCGGAAUAUCCGGAACUUUCUCUGGCUAUGCCAAAAAGGCAAAUUGGAAGGUAGAAUCUACACUACCAUUUGAACAGGUCAAGAAUAUUGGCCUCAGUGGUAAUCAUGAUGUUGAGACCAUGCCCUUCAGUGCCAAAGCAGUAAUCACAUUCAACUCUGAAAAUUAUCAAAUUGAUGGUAAGAUUAACACAAAUGAAUUCCUGGUUAACACGGAUUUGGACGGUAAAGUUUGGAGUCUCAACAGCAACUGGCAUUAUGAAGAAAACCAUGCUGAUUUCGAAGUAAAAUUCCAAUCUCCCCUCACAGAACUAGAUAAUUUGGCUCUGUCCGGAAUGUAUGAUUUCCGUAAUGAAAAGAAAGUCACUCUAAAACUAACUCGAGCCUCACAGGAAAUCAAUCUCUCUGGAAGACUUGAGGAACAGACUCUUGUGCUUGAAGGUACAACUCCUUUCAGUGGAUGGGAACAACUUGAUGCUUCCUUCUUCAUCUCAAGUUCAGCCAUUAAAGCUUUUGCCUCCAGGAAUGACCGUAAGAUUGAGGUUACAGGGACACGUCAUGUCGGGAGGAACAAGGCUAAAAUUAACCUAGUCAUCAACACACCGUAUGCUGGAUAUGAGAACAUUGAAGUAGAUGCAAAUUAUAAUUUCCAAAGGCAAGAUAAGACAGUCGAGUUCAAAGCAACAUUCGCCUCACAAGAAUUAUCACUCAAAGGUUAUAUCAGGACUACCAAUAUUCUUGCUCCUGAGAUGACUCUUAACAUCAUUACUCCAUUUGAAGACAUGAAGACUCUAGGUGGAGAAGCUCACUGGAACCUAGAAAACACUGUUAAGACUGCUGAAGUAAAGGCUUUCCGUAAUGAUCGUCACUAUCACUGGGAGAUAGAGGCAGCCACCGAUAGUCCCCUAAAGGGUUAUGCCAAGUCCAAGAUCACAACUCCCAUUGCUGGAUGGACUACAGUCAACGUGGAAGGAAGCUUUGACUUUGCAUCCAUGCCUUAUAAAUUUACAUUUACCUUCGAUAAAGAAGGAGUUGCUCAGACAUUUGAAGGACAUGUCACUAUUGAAGGCCAUAACAUCCUUGCAGAAGUAUCAACUCCUAUCACUAACUGGGAAAAGAUUACUCUUAAUGGUGAUUUUAACUUUGGGGAUGAAAACUUUAAAAGUACUUUUGAGCUGACAAAAGGUUCUGAAACAUACAGUAUGGAAAGUGACAUCAUUUUCAGUCCCCAAAUGCCAAAGUUCCAUUUGCACCUUAAGACUCCAAUUGUUCAUGCUGCAGAUUUGGAGUUUAGUGUAGUUGCUGACCUGAAAGAUACUGAGAAGAAAUUCCAAACAUUCUUCAAGAUAAAUGACAUCACCUACUCACUUGAUUUUACUGGUGAACACAUAUACAAAACAGGUUACUUCAAAAUCACCAGUACUACUCCAGUACCAGGAUAUUCAUCAGUCGACGUCUAUGCUAAAUAUGAUUUCACCAGUGACAUCAAAACAGUUGAGGCAGAUCUGAAGAUUGAAAGAAAUAAUAUGCACUUUUCAUUGGCUAUGCAGGUCAAUGAGAAUCAUUUCAUUCUUUCUAUUACAACACCAUUCAGUGGCAUUGAAUCAAUGAGAAUAGAGGGAGAUCUUGCCUAUGCUGAUAAUAAAUACAGAGGUUUUGCUAUCUUUGAAAAUAAUGCUCAGAAAUAUGAAUUUGACUCAGAAGUUGAUCUAGAACUGAAUAGUGCCAAAGCAAAACUUUCGACUCCCAUUGAAGCAUUUAAAAAUAUUGAACUUAAUUGCCAAUACAAAAUCCUAGAUCAUGGAGUUGAGAGUUCAGUCACUUUCCAAAGGAAUAACCAGAAUUUUGCUUUCAACACUCGAGUGUACUUGACUCCAAAGAAAACUGAUAUACAUGUCGCACUUGAUACUCCUGUUGAAAAUUGGACAAAAAUGGCAAUUGAUAUCAAAUAUGACAUCUUGUCUGCAAAAAAAUCAGCUGAAAUAGCAGUUCAGAAAGACUCAUUCCACAAGGAGAUAUAUGUUGAAGGAAGUUAUAACCUCAAGAGUGGUUCCUUCAAGGUUAAGACUCCUAUUGAAGGUUUUGAGAUCCUAGGUGGUGAAUAUACUUUGGACUACGAUACCAAUACCCACAAGCUAGAAAUAACUCUUCUGAUCAGCCAGAACUCCAACAAGUGGAACUUCUCAGCCUACGGUCAUUAUGAUGAUGACCAAGUGGUUAUCAGAUUCCAGACGCCAUUUGAGAAUUUUGAGACCAUAGCUAUUGAAGGAAACUUUGACUUUGAUCAGAAGACUGGAAAAGCUGCAAUUCAGUUUGGUUCUUACAAGUUUACAACUGCCUUCACUUUUUCAAAUGACAACAUUUCCUUUGAACUUACAACACCUUUCGCCAUCAUUAAGAUCAUAUCUGUGUCAGUCAAAUAUAACUGGACUGCAAGUUUGAAGGAUGUCCAUGUCAACAUCACCUAUAAUGAAAACAGCUACCUUCUGAAUGGUUCCCUUCAGCUCUCCAGCUGGGCCUCUGGCAUCACAUUCGAAGUCACAACUCCCUUCAUUCACUUCCAGAACAUAUCUCUGAAAAUUAAGUAUGACAUGGAAAACAAAGAAGAGCUGGUACUAGCACAUGUCACAACAGAAGAUCAUGAAUAUAGAUUGGCGAUCGGUGGUUAUAUUGAAGAAAAAGUUGCAUUCUUAAAGUAUGAAUUGAAAUCUCCCUUCACAAACUGGACUGAUGAUAGGUUUGUCGCAAAACUAGAUUUGACCAAUGAAGACAAGACACUUGAGAUUAUUUUGGUAAGAAAUGGUGAUGUUAAAGCAAUAUCAGUAUCUGGAAAGGUAAUUGGUAAUACGGUGGACUUUAAUCUGAAGACACCGAUAAGAGGAUUAGAAAACCUCAAACUAUUUGGAUCACUGAACAGAUCCAAAAGAUCUCUCGAAUUUAUGUAUCAGCAAGAUGAAACACAAGCCUCGCUUCUAACAAGUUUCAAUUCCAUGAAGCUGCAUCUGAAGACGCCGUUUGAGGCUGCCGAAGAGAUUUCAUGGGAGAUCUCGAAGAUUAACGACAACACAUUCAAGGCUGAGUGGAAGAGAAAUACGAAUCAUGCUUCAGUGAUAGUCAAGCAAGAUGGAAAUGGCUAUAAAGUGGAAUUAGAUGGCGAGAUGCAGGCUUGGGUAUUAGUGGCUGCUUUUGAUCCCAGUGUAUCCAGUGAAGAUAAGAUCAAAUUAUCUGGAUCAGCAACUUUUGAUGUUAAAGGUGCUUUGUCUCUGCAGAUUGAAACUCCUUUUGAAAACUACAAGACAGUUAAUGUAAACCUUGAUUACAAGGGAGAUAGCAAAACUGGAAAGCUAGAACUGUCUUCAUCUUCCUCGAACUUCCAUUAUAUAUUUGAGGUACAGGAAUCUAAUAUAGAAGGUCAUCUUAUAGUCCCUCAUACUGAGCAGGAUACUGACAUAGUAUUCAAUUUCGGUCUUUAUGAAGGGAAAGUCACCAUAAAGUCUGAAUAUAAGCCUCUGGAAAAUAUUUACUUUGACUACCAUUUAAAUACUGCAGAUGAGAUCAAAUUUGACCACGUUUUGAAGGUAGAUAAUGAAGAGGUGUCGAAAGUGGAGUUUGCACUUGAUGUUAAGAAUCAGAAAGCUCAUUUCGACGUGACUGUUCACAUCAGUGAAAUUCAGGCAUCACUGCAUGUCAAACUGGAAUCAUACAAUACUCUUGAUUUCCUCUUCAAGUACGAAGGAAAUGAGAAUGGACAAGCUUUUGAAAAGCACUUCAAGGCCAAUAUUUCUGGCACCGGUGAUCUACCACAAACUGGUAAAUUGGACAUAAGCAUCGAAAACACUUUCCGUGAAACACCAAGGAUUAUUACUGUACAUGUUGAUAUGGACCGUUCUGCAGAUCCCAAAAAGCUGAAAAUCGAAGUGACACCUGAACCAAACCACCUCUAUGUUUUCGAUAUAAAUUAUAAUGCUGAUCUACAAAAUCCUAAGCAUGGGGACUUUACCCUAGAUAUAACAAUGCCUGGAAAACUAGCAAGCCCUUGGCAACAUUUGUCUGGCAAAUGGAAUAUUGAAAAUCAAGAUGAAACAGAACUUACUUUCAAACUUGGUGAUAUCACUUACACUGCAACAGGCAAACUAACUCUAAAGGAAUCAAAUAUUGUGGUCACAGCCUCAAACUCUGAAGAAAACUUCAUCCUGGAAUGGCACUUUGAGAUCGCUGAUUCUAGUGUAGAGUAUUUUGCAAAGCUUGGGAAGGAGUCAGAUUAUUCACUGUUGAAACUCAAAGGAACCAAUACAGCCCCUGGGCAUGUAAAUAUUGAAGGAUCUUUUAAGGCUGGGUCUCUCAUGGCCAAUGAAUUCAUAUUUAUAACAGAAUCACAAGUAGAGAGCGGCAAAUAUACAAGCAAAGGGACAUUUACCUAUGGAGAUAAAUCAGGUAAUUAUCACAUUGAUGAUCUUCACUACAACAGUGCAACAAAAUCAGCUGCUUUUGAAGGAACAUUUAAUUCAAAUAUUUCUGGAUUGGAAGUAAUUGCUAUUUCAAGUAAAUAUGACUUCGAUCACAAAUUUGUCAUUCAUGGAAGUAUAACAUUCAAUGAUGCUGAAUCGAAGCUUGAUGUAAAUAUUGCAGAGCUUUACCCCGAAUCUUCACACAACUCAAUUGAACUGAACAUACCUGUGUUUGGCCCAGAGUACAGUCAUACUCAGUUCACAUUUGGCCAUGACUUCAGUAAUGCCAGAACUAAGUCCCUAACUGCAGUUGCAAAGUUUGGCCAGAGUGAGUCGCACAUGAAGAUUAGCUGGAACCAUAGUGAAAACCUUGACAUUGUUGAAGGAUCAGUUGAAAUUAAGUCAUUCUUUGGAGAGAUAAAUAUUUCUGCUAGCUUUGAUCUUAGCAACCAUGAAGACAUGCAUGCAGAAUUAAAAUAUUUGAGAACGCAUGAUAGUCAGAACCAUCGCAUUCAUGUCAAGUGGUCAUGGAAAACCACCUCUGAACAUUUUGAAAGUGAUAUUACAGCAGAUUCGUCUUUCAACAUCCUGAACCAUGCGCGAGUUUAUGCAACAGCUGAUUAUAGUGAUAAUGUUCAUCUUGUUUCUGGACUUGAGUGGAAUGACAAGAAAAUCGAGUUUGUUAAUGAUAUCACUAAAAAUGGAUUUUCAGCGACAAUCAACACACCAUUUGAGCAUUUUGAGUUGAUUGAAUUAAAAGUUAAUUACGAUCUAGCAAGUGAAACAAAGAAAAUUGACCUUUUAUACAAACGUGGAGACAAUGAGGUUAACAUGGAAAUUGUAUUCAAUGUAACAAGUGAAACUGAAGCAACACUAGACUUCAAGCUUACAACACCAUUGGAAGUAAUAAAACUCGUCCAUAUAGGUGCAAGCAUUAAUGAACACAAAGCCCAUGUCGAAUUCCAAAGGAACGAUGACAAGUAUUCCUUGGAUGGUGAUGUUGACUUCAAAGCAGACAAAUCCUCUGUUGACAUGACUUUCACCUCUCCCGAAGGUCAGGUAAUUAAGGUGGCAGCAUCUUACGAUAUGGAAGACUUCCUUGCAGCAACUGGAACUGCAGCACACAAACUUGCCAGUCUCGAGCUCCAUUUUGAAGAACAUGCUGUAAACUUCAACUUUAAUGGUUACCGUAAUUCUGAUAGACUGUAUGUUGACAUUCAGGGUGAUUCCACCUUUGAUUUGGUCAAGAAGACUCAUCUGAAAAUUGACACUGCUUUGCACACAGAAUCACAUGAUAGCAAUAUUGAAAUGCAGGUAAAUGAUUUUGAGUUUUCAAUGAAAAAUCAUUUUGAGAAAGAAGAUGAUGAUCAUUUCAAAUUUAAAGUUAAAUUGGUAAGCACAUUGACACCAUUGCCUGAAUUAGUCGUUGGAUUUGGACGGGAAGAGUCAGAGUACUUUGUAACAGUUGGAUAUGGUGGCGACAAGGAAAUUACAUUCUCCAUUGAGGGCAAAGAUGGUUAUAAAUCAGGAUUCAGUGGAAAGAUCGAUCUCCCCGUGCUAGGAGUUUCGGAAAUGGAGUAUGAAAUUGAAUAUGGAUUUGAAAAUGAUAACGAACUCCAUAUGGAUAUUGAACUUGAAUUUGGUGAUGACAAGGAAAUCGAAGCUAAAUUUGUCUAUGACUCUGAAGGUAUACAAGCUCGCUUCAACUCUCUCCUUACUGGGGAUCACAGUGUACGUGUUCGUCGAUCCAUCUCGGCACAAGAAUUUUCUACCGAGGUUGCUCUUGAUGAUUACAGCCUAAAACUUCGUGGAGGAUUCAGCAACGAAGAUACAAAAUAUGGAGCCCUUGUAGAAGGAGAAGUAUUUGGACACAGAUUCCUGUUUGACAGCCUGUUCCAGUCUGAAGGAGCUCAUUAUUCUGAAGGCAGACUGAUUAUCGUCACUCCUUUCCAUGUCUUGAACAAGAUCGGCGGACUUUUCACCUGGUCCAAUGUUAACAACAAAAUUGAAGGUCACACAGAAAUAUACCUUCCAUUUUAUACAACACCAAAAUUCAUUGGGGAAAUCAGACUUGACCUGAAUGAAAAGAUUAAAGGUCAUGUCUUGUUUGACUUAUCUGGCCAAGAAUUUAUAUUCAAGACUGACUUAGUUGGCUCGUCAUUUGAACAGGGAUAUGAAGGAAAUGUUGAGAUCUUCACGCCAUUCCAUGCUCUUUCUCAUGUUUCAUUAUCAGGAAACUUCAAGAUCAGUGGCUUUAGUUCCUUGGAGAGUGACAUAAAGCUUACUACACCAUUUGCUACUAAUGAAGUUGUUGCAAAAUACACCUUUGUUUCCAAUAAAAUUUCCGUAGACUUUAACCUGAAGUCUGAAGCACUUGCCCAUGAGAUCCACGCACAGUUUACUCUUGAGGGCUUCGGCACAGACCAUAAGAAAAUCAGUGCAUCUAUCAAUGAGAACCAAGUGUCACUUGAAGUUGAACACUCUCUGCCAACGCACUUAGAAGGAAAGCUCAUUGUUACAUUCCAAGGGCAAGUACACACAAUAAGUGGCAAGGUAAUUAUCAUGGAUAACCAUAUCCAAACCGAGCUAGAAGUGGAAUCUGGAUUUUUCAAUGGAAACCGAGGCAUCAAGAUCGAUGUUCAUGUAUUAGAUCCUAAUUAUAGGCAUUUUUCAUUAGAUGUGGCUCUCACAACCUCAGAAACACACGCCAUCCAUUUUGAGCUGGAUGUGAAGACAGGAUUCCAUGCCACAGUCAAGAUUGACACACCUCUCUUCCCUACGACUACAGCAACUUUCAACCUUGCACCUGCAAACGUUGAGCUCAUCAUUAACACUCCUACAGGGGUGCACAAAGUUAAGCUUAACUGGCGAAUGACAUAUAGGAUGCCUGCUGAUUACUUGAUUCAUUUGGAAGUAAGCUCUCCUCUUUUCCCAGUGGAGUACGUUGCAAAUGUGGCCUUUGUUGGAGACUGGUCUAAUAUGCAAGUCAAGGCCGAGCUUCAACAGGGAUCAGCUACUCAUUUAUUUGAGGGAUCCAUCACAUCAUCCAAGACUAAAGGUCAUAUCUCUUUCACCAUCAUGACACCUUACAAAGGAUUCAACAAGGUCGCUUUUGAAACAUCCCUUGACUUCUCUGAUGACGUGGAGUUGAACGUAAUGAUUUCUCAUGGUGAAGUGUUCAACACUCUGGAUAUCACCCUUAAUAAGAACGACAGAAGUUUUACUGCUGAGGCCAAGACUCCAUAUUUACCAGGUGGACAGGCUUCUGCCGAAGCUAAACUUACAGGAAGUGUCAACAAUAAUAUGCAGAUUAAGAUGGCCCUGAAGACUGGUGAGCAUACCAUCUCAGGAACCUUAAACGUUAAAGUUAACUCUGUAAAGGACAUUGAAGCAAACAUGAAGGUCCUCACGCCAUUCAAAGGCUACAAGAAAGUUACCUUCCAUUGGGCACGCAGAGGCAAGGCAGCUGACCCUCACCCUCAGCCAGGGAUGCCCGAAGUGAAAUAA